AUGAAUUUCUGGUACUCUAUUCCCUUUCAUGACCUUGAUGUUGGUGUGGUUAGCAUCAAUGAUGAUGUGGACAUCGAAUUAUUGAUAACAUGUUAUGAGGGGCUUAAAGAAAUGCACAUAUAUGCUGAGAGGGGGUCUGAUCCCAUUGAAGUUGUGUCCCCGGAAGGAAAAUUACUGUACAAGAGAGUGACUGGUGAUGGCAUACUUGCACUUCCAUAUCAUGAUGCCUGGCAGGCUGAGAUUAGUUCGUCCUCAACUGUUAAAGGCAAGGAUGACAUGGUCAAGGAAGUAAUUGGGAGUGGGGACAAUAAUGACAUUCCAGACAUUAACAACAAAGCAAAGGACGUCUGCGAAGAAAAGUCAUCACAAAUGGAGUCAAAUCCAGCUGUUAUGGGACCACAUAAAGAGAAGAUACAUGAUGCUGGUGACAAGUCCAAGAGAAAGAAGGAACAGGAUUGGAAUGAGGCAGUAGAUGAUGAUGAAAACCUGUUUGACAGAGGAAUAGGUCCUAAUGAUGAAAGCACCCCUGUCUACAACUACUUCAAUGCGGAUGAAGAGUUUAGAAAAGAGCACUUUGAAUUAAAGGUUGGCCAGAAAUUUAGCAACUUUCAUAAGUUUAGAGAGGUUUUAGUGGAAUGGGGUAUUAGGGAGGGAUAUGAGCACAAGUACAUCAGAAAUGAGGGGUCUCGAAUCACAGCUAAAUGUGCAAAGGGGUGUAGUUGGAGGAUUCAUGCAAGCAGAAUCCAGAGAUCAAAGACAUUUAUGAUCAAGACUCUUAAGGGAGAUCACCAUUGUGGCAGGGAUUACAGCAAUCGACAUGCCACCUCAACAUAUCUGAGUCAUAAAUUUCAAGCCAAAGUGAGAGAUGAUCCUGGGUGUAGUAUUCCUGGCAUGGUGAAUGAGACAAGAAGAUUGUUCAUGCUAGACAUUAGUCAAAAAAAAGCUGCCAGGACAAAGCAAAAAGCAUUAGAGGCACUCAGGGGCAAUGACAUGGAGCAAUACCACAGACUUUGGGAUUAUGUAGCUACUGUAAAAAAUUCCAAUCCUGAUAGUCAUAUUUCAUUGCAAAUUGAUAAGCGAAAUAUUGAGGAAAGGGCUACAUUUCAGAGGAUAUAUUAUGGUUUAGGUGCAUUGAAAAAUGGUUUCCUACAAGGAUGUAGACUUAUCAUAGGUCUAGAUGGCUGCUUCCUCAAGAGUCCCUUUGGAGGUCAGCUGCUUACAGCCUUGGGUAGGGAUGCCAAUGAAAAUAUGUUCCCUAUUUCCUUUGCUGUUGUUGAGGUUGAGAAUUACAACAGUUGGGGUUGGUUUUUGCGGGAAUUAAUCAGCCAAAUUGGAAGAGGAAACAAAGGAGUGGCUUACACUUUCAUCUCAGAUAGGCAAAAGGGUCUUGUCCAUGCAAUUGAAGAAUUAUUUCCUGAAUCAGAGCACAGAUUCUAUUUGAAACAUAUGUUCGAGAACUUCAAACAAAGAUUCAAGGAUCAAAACCUUAGAGAUCUGUUUUGGGAGGUAGCUGCAGCAGCAAGCAUGCCGGAGCAUGAAACUGCCCUUUCAAAUCUUGAGAGGGCUAACCCACAGGAAGGUGACAAGCUAACAGCUGCGGGAUGGUUCAAACAGUUGCCUCCAAAAUUAUGGUCUAGAGCUCAUUUUAGUACAGCUUGUAGGAGUGACACUUGCAUUAACAACAUGAGUGAGUCAUGGAAUAAUUACAUUCUAAAAGCUAGAGGAGAGCCAAUAAUAACAAUGCUGGAGUGGAUUCGGAGGAGAUUAAUGCAAAUGUUGGUAACCAAACGAGAAGGCAUGCUGAAACAUGGUGGAACUUUAUGUCCAAACAUUUAUGAGAAAUUGGAGAAACUUAAGAUAAAGGCAAGAAAUUGUGUUGCGGUUUACGGAGGAAAUGGAAAUUUGAAAGUUGAUGGCUAUGGAAGGACAAAUGUUGUCAAUUUGGAGUUGAAAACUUGUACCUGUGGUCAUUUUCAGCUUAGUGGCAUUCCUUGCGUGCAUGCGGUUGCCUGCAUUCAGAGCAGAAAGCUGAAAUUCGAGGAAUAUGUUGAUGCUUGUUACCAUAGGGAAGCAUAUUUAAGGGCCUACAACUUCACAAUUGGUCCCGUUCCUUCGAAGCAGUUCUGGGCACCUAAAGUUGGUCAAACAGCUUCAAAUGCAACAUCCGUAGCUUCUGCUGCUCAGAAACAACGCCGAUUUUGGUACCUUAGGUCUCUCGAUCCACCGCCAAAAUUUUGGGAGUUUGACAAUUUUGGGUUCUUCCUUGAAAUGAUAGCUGAUUUAGCCCCUCCAAAGCUUUUCUAG